AAUUGAAAUUUUUUCUCCUACAUGAACCGCCUUUUAAAAGAUAAAAUUUUAUGCCCACCCACCAUUCUCUCCUAAAACUAUCCAAGGGCCAAACCUUUCUUUCAGCACUCGUACUCCUACACGCCAGCCACGGAACCAUGCCUUGUAGAAUCCUCUCAUCACCUUCUUCUCCCCUCGUCUUCCUCCUCCUCUUCAUCUCCAUCAACGGUCACCCUGCGAACAGCCCCCCAACAUCAUUCUGUCCAAAUUCGACGACCUGUGGCGGACAACUUAUUACUUAUCCAUUCUGGGUCCAGAACCCCCAGUACCACUGCGAUUAUGAAGGAUUUAUGCUGAUAUGCAAAGAUGACCAAACAUUAAUCCUUUCCCUCGGCUCCCACGAGUACAACGUAGCCAGCAUCGAUUACCCCAACCAAACCAUUUCUCUGGUCGACACGGAUGUCGUCGACGCUGGCUUCUGUCCCAUGCCCAGGCACAACCUCACCUUCGAGGACAAAUCCUUCCUCGACUACACCUCCUCGGACAUCAACCUCACCUUCUUCCUCAAUUGCUCCUUCGGAAAAGAUCUAAGCAAGAACCAAAUAACCUGCUUUCCCGGCAGCGAUGGCAACUCGUCUUACAUCUUCACCGAUGAUGAUCUUCCGACCGCCGAAGAAUACGGUUUGGCGCAGCGGUGCCAAGGCAUAGUGGUGGUGCCCAUGCUCUAUGAUCAGGAGAUCAUCGGUGCUUACUGGGACCAUUUGGUCGGAAGGCUGUUGAUGAGAGGCUUCCAGUUGCACUGGCCCGACGAGACCUGCGAGGGCUGCAAGCGCUCCGGUAGGCGCUGCGGGUACAACCAAACAACCAGCACCAGUUGGGCCUUCGGCUGCUUUUGCUCCGACGGGAUGCGCGACCACAAUUGCGGUACGUUGUCCUCUAACAAAUCCUUUUCCGGUCCGCUGUCCUCCAACAGAACCCUUUCAUUUUUACUUCUUCCUUCCAUUUUGUCUCGUUUCUUGAGUGAUGGAUUUGGUAAAGUUUAGUCCAAUGGAUGGUCGACAGUUUAGGGAUAUUUUACUUUCUGGCCUUUUGAUCUGUAUAAAUUAUCCGUCUUAAUAAAAAAAAUAAAAAUGAGUUUUAGAAGUCAACAGUAGGAGUCAAAAAGGGUAAACAAGAAUUAAAAAAAAAAGAUAGACUUGGCUGCCC